AUGAGCGUUGCCGAUGAUAUGGUGGAAGACAUACUCCUUAGGCUGCCGUUGAAGUCAAUCUUCAGAUUCAAAACCGUCUCAAAACAAUGGAAAGCAACGGUGGAGUCGAGGUGGUUCGCGGAGAGGCGUGCGAGCGUUAAAAAAGGGCGGAAACUAUUCCUGGCUGUCGGAGAUGAGUCCGAGUCGCGGUUCGAAGGAGACGCAGAGACUGAGAUGGUCUACUUACGAUGCGAGGACGCCACACGACCUUCGCUGACGUGUAACGGUUUGGUUUGCAUCCCCCUACCAGGUUGGGUCAAGGUUUUGAACCCUCUGACCGGAGAAUUCCUUAGGUUCCCUUCGGGGCAGGAAGUCGCAAAGCAAUGGUGGCACAACGUGUUCCCUGGAUAUUGGGCGAUGGGAUUCGGUAAGGACCAAGUUAACGGGAGCUAUAAAAUAGUGAGGAUGUUGUCUGAUCCUAACCAUUGCCUGAUUCUUGAUAUUAGCAUCGGGGAAUGGCGGGAACUGAGCCCGCCUCCUUGCGAGAUUGAAUCGGACAGGAAGUCGGCUUGUGUGAACGGGUCCGUUUACUGGUUAAACAUGUUUCCUAAACACAAGUUACUGGCUUUGGAUCUCCACACAGAAGAGUUCCGGGUUGUCUCCGCAGAUCCCCCGCCUAGGCGCCGACCUGCAGCUCAGAUAGUGAACCUUGAAGGCCGUCUAGCCAUAGGCGAGACCAAUACUACAGGUGAAUGGAAGCUAGAGGUAUGGUGCAUGGAUGCACAAGAAGAAACAUGGACUAUGACUUACAACAUACUUUUAUCAUCCAUUACAACUUUAUGGUGCCGAUGGCACAAAACCUACUUCACACCACUGGCUGUUUCUGAGGGAGGGAGUCUUUUCUUCACUGACAAUAACAAGACGCUGUUCAAGUAUUAUCCAGACACGGACUCCCUCCGUUGUCCCUCUCCGGGCAUUUGUGUUGUAUCUCCAUUGGUCGAAAAUUUGGUCCGGUUCACUCCUCCAACAGGAGGAGGAUAUGUUUUCAAAAUCACCAGAUCAGGACAGGUUAUAUCCAGUUUUGUUAGACGGGUCCAAUUCGGGAUCCCCAAUGUUUUGCUUACCCUCUAA